AUGGCACCUCUCAACAAGCACGCCCUCGAUAACACCAACAACAACGAGCGACGGCGGCAGGAGGAGAAACGACGGUGCGAGGACGAGAGUGUCGCGGAGGCAGAUGCUCGGUUGGAGAAGGAGGCGGCGGCGGCGGCGGCGGGAGAAACAGCAGGCGCGGAAAGCCGCGGAGGACGCGCACGUGCGAGUGGCCGUCUCGGAGUGCGGAUGGAUGAAAACAAGGACGACACUGCUGAGGAGGCCAUCAGCGCGGCGGCAGGGAGUAGCACGGGUGCCGGCACGCGGGAGGGGGCGAAGAAGGGUGCCAAGGGCGACGAAAGGGAAGAGCCCAAGGGGCCGUUGCGGAAGGAGCCUUGCCUCGGGUGCGUGCAACGCAACCUCGAGUGUCGUUCGCGCCUUGUGAAAGGGGCCCGCACUUGCUGGGAGUGCGUGGGCGGGGUCCGGGGCACGGCACGUGAAGCGCUGCCUGCUGUAACCGCGGAGCCGACAGUGGCGUCGUCGCUGGGUGACCUGGCCGUGCAGGUCUUUGACAUGUCCGUACAUGUCCUCGAGCGGUCACAGGCGUUAUUGCGCCUGGAGGAGCGGCUUGGUGAGGUGGCAAACACGGUGGCGUGGAUCGCCGGUGCAAUGGGGGCGCCACCAGACGUGGCUGAGCGGGUGCGCAGAAAGGAGGGGGUACGGACGAAGUCGCCGCAGGCGGUGGGUUCGACGAGCGCGGAAGGUACGGAGGACGCAGGGGAAGAAAUGGAGGUGGACGACGCGAAGGCUCCGUCGACCAGCGACACCGACAAUGUGCAGGACGCAGAGCCGGCGGACACGACGGACGAGGAGGAGGGGAUGGUUUGGGAAGGGACAGGGAAGGUGCUGUCGAGCGACGACGAGGAGGAUAGCGAGUAG